AUGGCGACCAGUGAUGAUGAACCUAUGCAUUUAUAUGAAGUUUUUCAAAAUUGUUUUAAUAAAAUCGCGAACAAACAACCAGAGUUAAAUGAUGUGUUUUUGACGCGUCCUGUUUCUGGCUUUUUCGCUUUGUUCCAUCCACCUAUAGUUAAAUUUUCCCUGAAAAUUUUAUGA